AUGCUCACCUCCAUCCUAGGCCUGCGCUCGCCCCUCAUCAACAUCCUCAACCCCAACUUCCUCACCCUGGCCCUCCUCCCAUCCGACAGCGACAAGUCCCCAGCAGCCCCGACACCAUCAUCAGAAACCUCACCUUCAGGCGCACAAGAUGGCCCCUCCCUCAAGACCCUCGCGACAAUCUCCAUCCUCUCAGGCACCCUCGGCCUGGCAGCCAUGACAGCAUUCCAGUCCCUGACGGGCUACCUCUUCCUCCUCGCUCUCUUCGGCCCCACAGGUGCGAGAUCCUACAUGACAGAGUUCCUCCGCGCCGACGUCUCCGCCCUCGCGCCCGAGCAGCUGGCAUCCCGCGCCGCAAUGGCCCGCGAACCCCGGUACACCAUCUUCCUCGCCCUCUUCGCGCCCUUCUCCGCCGCCCUGCCCGAGGAGCUGCUCAAGUACCUCCCCGUCCUCUGGGUGCGGAGGAAGGCCCAAGCGCAGGAGGGGCGGGAUAGGCAGCUCGACAAGCGCGCCGCCGUGAGCGCCGCGACAGCCGCCUCCCUGGGCUUCGCCCUCGUCGAGCUCGCCGCCUACGUCCAAGCCGCCGCGGCUACCUCCACCGGCCCUCCCAUGGCCGUCACGCUGUCGGAGCGCGUCCUCGUGGGCCUCCCGGGUCACGUCGCGAUGGCGGUGCUCUCGGCGUCCAGGGGCGCGGGCGCGGACGCUGGCGGGGACGAGUCACCGAGGUCAGGCUGGCGCGAUGUGUUCCGCGCUGUGGCGCCGUCCGUUUUGUACCACGCCCUGUUUGACUUCGUCUUGUUCGGUUCUAGCGCGUGGGUUGGCGGCCACGUCGGCUGGGUGCACCCCGAAGGUGUGCGGGCGGUCGCGGGGACGCUUGGGGCGUGUGUUUGUGUGCAGGGGGUGCUCUAUGCGCACACGGCGCGGUCGUGGCUGGGCUGGGGGGAGAAGUCCAAGAGGGAGUGA